GAGAGAGAGAGAGAGAGCGAGCAGCAAUAAGGGGGCGUGAGUUAGCUAUUCGUUCGUCUGGCAACAAGAAAAUACGAGGCAGUAGCCUUCAUGUUCUGCUACAACAGUGCUGACAGAACGGACUCACCAAGCAUCAGUCUUCGUUAAGCAGCGCAUCAAGAGAACCGCAACCUGAGGAGAGAUAAGCGCCAUCACAGUGAUGAAUGCCCUAACAAAGGUGUGACGGAAGUAGCGUCUCACAUUGACGAAGAGCGAAGGAGAACCUCAGGAGCUCCAGGAGCCAGUAUGAAGAGAAUGGUGUGAGAGAUAACAGGGGGAAAGAGCCAGAGAGCGACUGUCACUGCGUCGUCCGUAAGGUUGCCCAUGAUGAUGGAACAGUUCCUCGUGCUCUUGCUGCUAGUUGGUUUGAUCCAGCAGUCACCUGGCCAGGUGUUCAUAUCCUCUUCUGCUUCAAAUGAGUCCAGCGUCGAGAAGCCCUCAGGACCCGUCCGCUCCUCCCCGACAGUCGUGAGCCCCGAGCCGUCUGGUCGCACGCUACAAAGUCCUCCUUCUCCUCCUCUGAAUGGCAGGAAAGCUGCACCUGUCACAGAGCAUGCUGAAGGAUCACCUGUAGCCGAUGGCCACCUGGAGAGCCACGGAGGGAAUGACACUGAUCUGACGGACACUGAGGACGGGGGAGAGGAGAGGAAAGACUCUGAGGACCUGUCAUCCCUCCCCCAGGACAACACCAGCACCCAGGAUGAUAAUGUACAGGCCUUCAUAUCCCCUGCUUCAUCUCAAACAGAGACUACACUCAAGCAGAGUGUAGGUCUUACUACUGCUGCCUAUUCCCUGCCACCCCCUGCAAGCUCCACUAGUGGAACAGGUUUGACUCAAGCUCACUCUGACGGAAAUGCUGGGCAGCCUGUGAUUGGGCCCACAGGAGCUGCAUCCACCAAUGACAGUUCACACCACAUCCGCUCUCAUAGCUUCACAGCGGCUGCCGCAGUUAGGGAAGAGGUGGUGACACUGAGCAAGGCCACAGAAGGACCAAACAAGAAGGCAGAAGAUGAUGACUGGCAGUUGAUGGGGUCGGGUGAUUGGCCCGUGCCAACUGUGAGCGAGACUGUGAGUUCAGCUGUCACCGUGACAACACAUGGGGAUGCACAGGCAUAUCACCAGCCACAGUCAGAGACCAGAUACACCACUGGAUUUACCAACGUGUUGAAACCGCCGACAAGUACUGUAGCACUGACCCAGGAGCUGCAGUCCCUCCCCUCCACCCUCUCACCAGCCAACACGAUGCCCUCAAAACGGUCUCCUGAGCUCCAGAGCACUGUUUAUAUGAUGACAGCAAACACCACAAUGAAGCAAUCGACAGUCAGUGGAGACAGGACUGGGAAAGGUGAGACAACAAAUCAUAGGGCCUCUGACCGCAAGCUGACAGGCCGUCAGACCACAACUGUGACCUCAAUGACACCCUUGACGACCGUGUUAAGCACAACCAAUCAGAAGACGGAGACAGAGAAGACCACUAGCCCAAUCCCUACUAUCCCGCAGAAGAAGAGUGGACGGGGCUUUGGAUUGAGGGAGGAAGUAGCUGUAGAGAAGAAUCGCUCUGUGUCGUUAGGGCGCCCGCCGUCCUUCAGCCCGGGUGCCUCCCCGGCCCCCAGCCCAGUGGGACCGUGUGCGCCGGGAUCGGGCCCCUGCGUGGUCCCCUCUGCCUCCAACGGCACCGCGCUGCUGUGGGGGGACCUGCGGCGCACGCUGGCCUUCGCCUGGGAGCUGCACGUGUACGGCACCGCGGGGCUCUUCCUGCUGCUGGCGGGCGGGGCGCUGCUGGGGCUGCUCCUCUCCCCCGGCCUGCACUGCCCCCACCGCGGCUGCCUGGCCCUGGCCAACGCCCUGCUGCUGCUGGCCGGCGCGCUGCGGGCCACCCACUUCUUCCUCGACCCCUACGGCUCCAGGGAGAUCCUGCCGCAGCCCGGCGUCACCGCGCUCUACAACCUGCCGCUGGCCCUGCUACUGUGGGCGCAGGUGGCCCUGGGGCUGCUGGCCCUGAAAGGGGCGGGUCUGACUCUGCUGCCCCCCGGCCUGCAGCGCCUCCCCCUGGCCGCCGUGCUGGCCGUGCUACACUGCACGCUGCUGCUGGCGGCCGACCUGCUGUCCCCGGCGCUGUCCCCCGCCGUGCCCGUGGUGCUGCAGACGCUCUCCCUCUCCUGGGGCCUCGCCGUCUGCUUGGGCUUCCUCUUCUACGCCUUCCCGCGUCUGCGGCGCCACCCUGCGCCCCCCGUUCCAGAGGAGCCCCUGCCCCGCGGGGAGGACUGGCAGGGGGGGCAGCGGGUGGGGCGGAUACUGGGGCGGGUGCUGGCGGUGUGCGCGUGCCUGGGGGCGCUGUGCUGCGGUCUGCACGUCCACGCCACGCUCUGGCUGUACGGGCUGCUGGGGGACUGGCGCCGCUUCAGCUGGGUGUGGUGGCUGGUGCAUUUCUGGGCGAGGCUGCUGGAGCUGGCCUGGGCCUUCUCGCUGCUGCUGCUGGCCUCCUGGGUCUUCUGGAGGCCCAGGGACCGCAGGGGAGCGCAGGGCGCGGCUGAGGGGAGAGCGGGAGCCGACCUGCCGUCCUCCUCAUCGUCCUCCGCCUCCAUGCAGAGACACACCUGCUGGGCCAAGAUCGUCCAGAGCCUCCGGGGCCGUCCGUGCAGGAAGUCGGAGAGCAACGGCAUCGGGGGAGGCGGGGCGGGGGAGCUCCCCAACAACUGGGCCGGCCAGGAGCGGCCGGGGGCCGACAUCAGCAAGAGCCUGAUCCGCAACCGGGACCCGCCGGCCUUGUCGCGCAGCGUGAAGGACAGCAACCGCGGGCGCAACCAGAAGGGCGGCGCCAGCGGCUCGGUGGGCUCGCUGCUGCGGCUCCACUCGCUGGGCCGGCCCCCCCAGCGCUCGCUCAGCAGCAGCCUGGACCGCGAGAAGGAGUGGGCCCGCGAGAAGGAGUCCAUCCUGUCCCUCAACGACUUCGACCUGCGGCCGCCCUCCCCCAUCGACCUGAGCCGCAGCAUCGACGAAGCCCUGCACCGGGAGCACUUGCUGGGCGGGGGCAGCCUCUUCAGACCCCUGUGCCCCCCUUCCCCGCCGUCCCCGGGUCCACGGCGACAGCCUCUGUCUUCUUGGCCCCGCCGAAGCAGCGACCCCCAGAUCAACCUGUCGGACGGCCCUGGCGGCCUCCCCCAGCAGCACGCAGGGAGGACAGAGACAGCAGCUCCACCAGGGGGCAGCGUGACCGGAAAACAAGCAACUGCGCCCGCCACACCCACGCACCUGGGCUGCAGGUUCCCCGAUGACCAGGAUAAAGCUAGCAGCAGCAGCAUUCCCUCAUCUGUCUCCUGCCCCAUAUCCAUCCGCCCUUCCAGGACCCCAGUCCAGCUGCGCACCCCCACAGGGGAAGACACCAGGCCCUUCUUGACGCCAGACUCAGAGACAGAAGCAGCGGCACCAGAUGUGGAAAAGGGGGCUGGAUCCAGUUUCCUGGAGGUCAGCAGACAGGAGGAUUCAGCUAGCGUGAGCAGUGACAUCAUUGACCUCUGAACUCUCAACAGUGAUGUCAUUGUCUUUGACUCCCAACACUCAGUCAGGGGCCUGGGGGGGAGAUUUGGCAGACAAGCCUGAACUCAAAGAGACAUAUCUGAUUUCAGGCAGACUUGAACUCAAAAAGAAGAAAACCGAUGGACUGGAAGAGAGAAUAAAUAAGUAAUUCUGUUGGUAAGAUAAAGGCACAUACACUGUACAGAUCAAUAUAUUUCUUGGGCUUUUGCAUCACUCUGGAAUUGGAUCAUUCAUCCAUUUGUUUUUAUUGACACUAACUGCCCCUUAGACAUCCUGUGGGUGGUCGAAUGCUUUGGGCUCCCUGAUUUGCAGACUAUGAGCGUACAGGUCUCCAGUGCUCUGUGUGCACAGGACUGUCCUUUGUGAUAGCUUCAGCCACACCUUACUUGCACCAAGGGUCACUUAACUCACGGACUGAUUUCAGACCACCCCAGUCUCUGGAGCCCUCCCAGGAGCUAGGAAUGGACUUCAGGCAGAUUUCAUUUGUUAAUGAAAAAAUGAAAGCGAAUGAACUGAAAUGUAUAUGUGCCCCACCACUACAGCCGAGACCACUUGGGAAGCUCAACGCAAAGGAAGGGCGGUCAUACUGUGUCUCACCUGCAGUCUGUAUCAUUGAGAGCGUGAAGUUACAGUGGAGUGCGCACACUGUAUUCUUGAACUGAAUCUGAGCAUGGGUGGAUGCAUCCAUCCACACUCUGCGGUGGGCGAUUCCUGUGCUCCCACACGGACCCGGACCGGUGGGUUUCCCAGCUCUGUACAUCUGUGCCAGCUUUGCCACACGUGGCACAUUUACACACAUUUUAGCGUAUACCACACUUAGUCUCCAAGUGAAAAAUAAAGUAUUCCUCCCUUCAUUUCAUCCUAAAGCUUGAGGGAAAUUUUCUUCAGAAAGUGAAGUACUCGAACAGAGGAACA